AUGUUUCGACAGAUCCGCGUGAAGCCGGAGGACCAGGAUCGACAGAGAAUUGUGUGGGCGCCUAACCCGGACUCUGUCCCACGAGAUUACCGCUUAACUACGGUCACGUACGGCACGGCAUGCGCGCCCUUUUUGGCGAUACGAACUCUGUUACAAUUGACCGAGGAUGAGGGCUCGCGGUUUCCGCUGGGAGCGGCAUGUCUCAGCACUGAAACAUACGUCGACGACACGUUCGCCGGGGCCGAUGAACUGACGGACGCGCUGCAAAAAAGGAACGAGCUCGUUAAGCUGCUGGGUUGCGCCGGGAUAUCACUAGAUAAAUGGGCCGCAAAUCACCCAGAGCUUAUCCCUCCUCGACAAGCGCAGAAAGACGUAAAACAAAUUGACGAGGACCAAGACGUCGCAGAAUUGUCAGCUGCCUCCACGAAGCGGACGGUUCUCUCAAACAUUGCUCGACUAUUCGAUCCGCUUGGCUGGCUGUCCCCGGUGACAGUAGGAGCGAAAAUCUUAAUGCAGGAUCUGUGGAUUCAAAAAUGCGAUUGGGAUUCCCCUCUACCGGUGGAGAUUCGCGAGCGUUGGUACGAAUACUGCAAGUCAUUUGCCAGUCUGCCGUCGCUGGCAGUCGACAGAUGGUUGGGCGUUGCAAGUAAUUGCUCAUUACAAAUUCACGGAUUCUCUGACGCGUCAUCGCGGGCCUUCGCGGCCGCCGUAUAUCUGCGCGUGGAUGGAGGGGACCGACGUAUUACGGUGUCACUGUUAGCCGCAAAGACGAAGGUCGCUCCGGUAAAGACCGUCAGUAUACCGAACUUAGAGCUUUGCGGCGCCGCUCUGCUUGUUAGGUUGAUUGGCUACUUGAUGAAACUGGACUUUCUUAAAACAGCUCCGGUCUUCGCUUGGUCCGACAGCCAGAUUGUGAUUAUGUGGCUGCGCAGGCACCCCUGUUCUUGGAAAACCUUUGUUGCAAAUAGGGUGUCGUUCAUCCAGACGGAGUUGCCCUCUGCAACUUGGAGGCACGUACCAACAAAGGAAAAUCCGGCUGACUUGGCGACACGAGAAGCCGAUCCUAUAGAGUUGGUGGAGAAUGGGCAGUGGUGGCACGGGCCUUGCACUGACGCUAUCCUUCUCUCUCCCUUGAUGCGCCGUCACCUUUUUGAGAGCUGA